GUAGAUUCUGGCGGAGCAAGGCGAUAUCUUAACAUCUUCAGGCAGCUUGUCCUUAAUUUUGGCCAGCAGGGUGCCGAAGUAAAAGUUGUCCCAUGGAAGGAUUGCAUUGAGGAAGUACGGCUCCGCAAAGACAUGCAUGGGAAUCGCCUUAAUGUUCCUGCUGGCCCUCUACCAGAUGCAGUCGGCCAUCCACAGCGAGAUAAUUGAGACUCCUUUUGCAGCCGGCGGGAACUCCCUGUUGGAGUCUCCGGAUGUAACGUCUGAGAUUUUGGAGCAGGUCCCUCCACAGGAUAACGAACUAUUGGAACCAGAGAAGGCCCAACUGGAGUUUAAUCAUCCCAUUUCGGUGAUUGGCGUGGACUACGGCAAAAAUGCUGUUAUCCUCAGAUUCCAAAAACACGGUCGCAAGCCGCGCUACAAGUACGACCCGGAACUGGAGGCCAAACGGAGGACCCUGCAGGACAAUUUCAUGCACUUUGGCAAGCGGCAGGUUGAGGAACUUCCGCUUGAAGAACCGGAACCAGAAUUGGAUGCAGUAAAGCGUUCGGCCAUCCCAGAGCAGGACCUCAUGCGAUAUGGUCGAGACCCGAAGCAGGACUUUAUGCGAUUUGGUCGAGAUCCCAAGCAGGAUUUUAUGAGGUUUGGAAGGACGCCCUCGGAUUUUAUGAGGUUUGGAAGAGCCCCGUCUGAUUUCAUGCGAUUCGGAAGAACACCUCUUGAGAAUUUCAUGAGAUUGGGUCGCUCCGACAACUUCAUGAGGUUUGGACGCAGUCCUCACGAGGAGUUCCGCAGCCCUAAACAGGACUUUAUGCGUUUUGGCCGUCCGGAUAACUUCAUGCGGUUUGGACGCUCUGCUCCACCGGAAUUCGCCCGCAACGGAAAGAUGGACUCGAACUUUAUGCGUUUUGGCAAGAGCCUGAUGCCCACUACUUUGGAACACAACCAAACGAAGCCGGCCAAACUUACCGAGAGUAUUCUCAAAAAGAAGCAGCAGGAUCAGACCAAGAGCAACGUGGACAUAAACUCGGCGGACGACGAGCAAGAGCCAUUCUUUUCGCAGUAAGGAUGGGUCUCCUGCCACAGAUUCCAUCUUGUAAAUAUGUAUUGAGAAAAACACUUAUCGAAUUGUCCUCCUCCGCACUCAAACACUCUUUAUUAACGCCUAGAUCAUGGAUUUUUAAUGGGGCUGGAUUAAAAAUUCACCAAGCAUUGACCUAAAUAUACUUAUAAUAUACGCAAAUUUUAACUAAGUGUAAUCUUAAAGCAUAUUUUUGCCAACAAAAUUCCAAAAAUAAAGAUUGCUCAAUGG